AUGAAUGCGCUGAUGCAGUCUUCUCUGACCGACGUCGAGUCAAAGCUCAAUACUCUUCUAAAACACCUCACCACCUCUCCGGGUGCAGCUGGAGCGCCGGUCGCUGCAGUUGCCCUACUCGAAGCUGACGACUCAUUAUCCUCCUCUAUCGAUACCCUUCGACUCCACCAAGAAAAUUACGCCAAGAUUCUGCAACUACGAUCCGAGGCAGAGCGACUAGAAGAACGUGUCAAGGACAUUGUGAGGGAUCUCGAAGGAUUUGACAAGGAGAUCAGAACAGCUUGCGGUGACGAUGAAGAGAUUGACAGUGACCUGGAUUCAGCAGACGAGAGUGAGGCGGCCAAGAGCAGGGUCGCGGCCCGCAAAGAGAUCGACUACCGCCUGUUUCUGGAUUUUGCUCGUCGCAUCAGCAAAUACAACCAGGAAGCUGCGGCGGAUGUUGCUAAAGGGAUAGGGAUGGGAGCACGCCAGGACACGCGACCACAGAUUGGAGACAAAGACGUGACCAUGACGGGCAUGAACGGUGAAACGGGUGCCGAGGAAGAUGGCGCGGAACCUGUCUCAUCUGUUACGAAGAAUGCAACUCAGUGGCUGGACGAUUCGGCCAAUGUCACCCGCGAGGUGAAUCUGUUGCCGUACCCAACAGAAGAUCGGAUACGCAUGGGCCUGAUGGGCAAGAUCCCCGCCGAGGGCACCGACCGUGAGAAGGAGGUGGAGCGACUGAUACGCGAGGCAGAAGGGUUGGAGGUGGCAGAAGCGCCGGCGCCGGCACCCGUCUUACCAACCGAGACGAAGCAGGAAGAGGCCGCGAAGACUGCAGCGGCAGCUAGACCUUCUGCUGCUCCUCCAGCAAGACAACCUGCACCUGCACCUGCACCUGCGCCAGCGCCGAAGCCAAAACCGAAGGCUACAUUGGACCUCGACCUUUAUGAUCCUGAUGAUGACGAUUUUUAA